AUGUUAAUCGGUUGCGUUGAGAUACUGCAAGGAAUGCUUUUACGUCUUCUGCUAUUGUUUGUUGUCAAUAGUGGCUUAACUAAAUCGGCAUUAUAUCGGCGACAAACAAAGAGUCCUGUUAAAACAGAUGAAGUUAACUCGUCGACGCUUGUUAAUAUUAUCAUCUCGUUUAAGUCUAACGAUCGUCUAAAGGAACAACAACUGUACGGUACAUUUUCGUCGUCUGGUACCGGCUAUGAAAUCGUUGGUGAUGUUGUACAGAUGUCUCACAAAUUGUUCCUUUGCAUUGAACGAGCUCAGGAACCUGUUUGUUAG